CCCACCCCCACAUAUUAGAGGAAGCUCUAGAACACCUGACGUCAUUCGCUACUUUCUGAGGAGAGCUUCGUUGGGCACUUCAAGGCACUGAUCCGAGCAGUCUCGCCACUUUUCACACUUACACCUUUACAUACCACAAAAAUAACAUAAUACACCGUUUCGACACGACACAAUCACCAUGGCGGACACCACAGAGAACCAGACCCCCGCUGUCGAUGAGACCCCCAUCUCUUCUGUCCAGACCAAUGCUGCCCGCAAGAACUCGCUUUCCACCUACCUCAAGAACCGACCCGAACGCUCCGAGUUGGUAGAGAAGAACAUCCUCCCAGAUUCUACAGCUGCUCCAGGUCUCCUUGCCAGCCAAAAAGAGCUCCAGAAGCACAUGCUCGGGGACAAGCUCAACGACAAGAUCUCACACCGUCCCACUCCCGACGCCCUCCUCAAGGAAGGCGUCCUACACGAAGAUCCCCGCUCUCCCGAAGAAAAGUACGAGGAGGCCAUUGAUCUGGAGUACGCCAAGCGCGAGGGCGGUGCGUAAAUUGUCUAGGACUUUGAAAUAGCGACCAAGUGCUGGAUACAAUGCGACUCAAUUUGGUACAGACACAUCAAGCCACCAUUUAUGGGAGGGGCUCACUGAGAAAAUGCUUCGUUUGAGAACUUGGAAUUCUAAUUGUUUUUGAGCUUGGAAUUCUGCUUUU